UCUCAUUGGAGGCAAAGAGAAAGAAGAUCGCUAUGCACGUUCUGUGGAGAAAAAAAAGGGGGAAAAGGACAAACAAAAGCAUCCUACAGUACAUGGUGAAAACGUAUCAGUCGCACUGUUACGCUGUGGACUUGACAUCUGAUUAUUAAGUGUUGUGGUUUCAGAAAAGAGCUCUAACAAGUGGUCGAAUGAUGUUCUCCAAGUUCAAUUGGCUGAUUGUGAUCCAGCUCCUGCUGAAUGAACAUGCUCUUUGCAGAGUGCCACCUCCUUUGGCUCGGAGGAAGACUUUGCUCCCAGAAACUGACAUCCAUGAAGUUGAAGAAAAGACAACCAAACAGGAUGAUCAGGCUCUCUGGAGUUCCCGACUUCAGCUUGGUCUCUCAUCUGCAAAAAAGCCUGGUCCUGUGUCAGUGCUAGCACAACAAGAGGAGAGAGUCCAGUCUGCCAAACAUGUCCUAUCAGUUCUCAGGGCAAAGCUUCAGGGACAGAUUCAAGAUCAUCUCCACAUUCAAAGGAAUGUCAGCUGUGGGGAGCUACUGUCUGCCAGCACAAUGGACGACCCAUUAUCUUCUGCGUUCCCACAGGAGCUUCUGGGUCUCUCUUUAGUGCCCGUGUUGGUGGUGGCAGGCUGCCCACAGGAGGCUCAGAGCCUGGUGCUCAAGCUGUAUGACCUGAUGGGAGUGACUGAUACAGAGGAGCUCCUGAUGGAGGUGGAGGAUCUGAUAAAGAGGAGGAUGAGCAAGUCAACAUCCACGCCAGCACCUGUAUCAGCAGCAUUCACCUCAGAGAGGGAUCAAGCAGGGCGCCACAUAGAGGCUUUGAUGUUCAACAUUCAGCAGCUGGCUGUGGUGGGAGAAGGUAUGAUGGGACAAGACACCUCUAAGCAGGAGGAGCGUUGUGAGGGUUGGACCAGUGUGAAUGGAACCACACUGGUUGGAACAGCUGUGGACGGAGCCACAGGUGGACUGGAGGAGGCUAUGAACACCUGUGAGAGACUGGAUGUCCUGUGUGCUGGUGUGACCAGCAGUGGACUAAAACCUGGCAAGUAUGAGGCAGUGUUGAAGAAAGGCAGUCGCAUCCUGCCCUCUGAAUCCUCUGAGUCUGAGUGUUGGAUCCAUCAGUGCAGUACGGAGGAUGAUGUUUUGAUCCCUGCUGCUUCAGGUGGACGAAUGAGGCGCAGCACCCAAAGGAACUGUAUCAACAAAAGUGAGGAGCGUGUGUACAAUGUAAUAGAGUGGAUCCCUGCAGUCAGUACCCUCUACAACCUCGGCACAGCUGUGUAUUACGCUUCAGUCAACUGCUCAGAAACUGCCAAGGAGAGAGCCAUACUCACUGCUGUUGACCUCGGCACAGAUGCUCUCAUGGUUGCCACAGGGGGGACUGCUGGGGUGGCAGGCUAUGCCCUGGGUGCAGGGAUGAAAAGUGGAGUGAAAGCUGGAGUCAAGUAUCUGCUCAACUCCAUGAAGGGGGAAGACGAUGUGCUGGUGAACCAGUUCAGCUGGGAGGAGGGUGUCAUCACUGUACAGUAGACUGAUGCUUUGGCAAUAAGUAUAUUUUAUGUUUUAAAAUAACGAGAGAGGAUCAAUGUUUGUUCACUGACAUGGUUUCAGAGUAACAAAAUAUUUGACCAGACUUUAAAUAAUCUAGAUAAUUUGGAAAAUUUUACACAAUUUGCACAAUAAUUAUUCUUUCUCAAAUGUGACUGUUUAAGACUUUCAGAGAAAAAGAGAGACAAUUUAAUCUAAAGGCUAUUAAAAUAUAAUUUAAGUAUAAAGUGAUUUACAUGACACAUUAAUUGUAAACAGUCACAAUAAUCUAACAAUAAGUAACCUCAGAAAAUAAGCUUUGAAUCUUCUGGAUACAAUAGUUGGACAAUUUAUCAUGUUAAGCAGCAACAUUUAAAGAACAGGUCUCAGGAAACUCAGCCCUUAAAACCCUCAAUACUUUGAUUUUUACCCUCCCUUUUUUCCCCCCUGUGUUCAUGUCGUCCACCAGUUUUCUUCCUUCCUAUCAAAACCUUCUGUCGGGUCAGAGUCACAUUCCCACCUCUGGUGUAAUUGCAGGGACAAUAGAUUGUGAACUGAAUUUUGUUGUUUUAUAUGUUCUCCUUUAAAUGUUAAUUAAAGUGUUUAUUAAAUCUG